AUGCAAGUGCUCCGUACAAGUAGUAGUAUCGCGCUGCUGCUAAGCUGGACUUGGCUCGAGGUAAACCGGUCUGUACAUAUUAGACGGUGGCGGUUUUGGACUCGGCCCAGCUCAGCUCAGCUCAACAAGAGAGACGGCGGCAUGACUCGGAUUCCCCGAACGAGAGACGCAGAUACAAGCAAACCGACAGGCCAGCCGUCAUGUUACAUUGAUACCGACUUGACAUGCAUCGUCUUCAUUUCUUUGGCUCGUGUUGCCAAUUUCACGGGGGUAGCAAUACUCCGUUCCUCGACAUAG